AUGAUUGUACAACUAAUUAUUGUUGGACUAGCUGUUAGCCAAGGUAUGAUGCUUCUAACUGAUUGAUAAAAAUUUCAAAACGUUUUUUGAUAUUUUAAAAUGAUUUUUUAGAAGAUAUUGAUUACUGUUGUAGCUUAAAAUUUAAAAAACCUUGGUGUUAACAUAAGUCAUUUCAGUAUUAUCUCACCCAACUCCUCAAUUCGGUCAAAACGGACAAUUCAAAGGCCAAGAAGGAGAACAAGGCCAAUUCGGUCAACAAGGAAGCUUCAGCCAAGAAGGCAAAUUUGGACAGAACGGUCAGCACGGUAGCUUUGGAGGUCAGGAAGGAAGCUUUGGAAGUCAAGGUGAACUCAGUGGUCAAGGAGGCUUCGGAGGCCGACAUGGUCACGGUUUUGGCCAAGGACUAGUUUCAUUCGAAGCUUCAGAACAACGUCAGAAACGUCAAGAAUCCUUUAGAAGUGUAGAUGGAUUCAGCCGUGGUCCAGGACAAGAAAACGGUCAGUUCGUACAACAGGGUGGUGAACAAGGUCAGUUCGGCCAAAAUGGUCAACAAGGUGGAUUUGGAGGUGAAAAUGGACAAGGCUUUGGUCAAGGAGGUCAAGAACAAGGUAAUGAAGGAUGGGAAGGUCAUACUGGAGCGCCACAGAAACGUCAAGUCACUGAACAAGGCCAACAUAAUGGGCAUGGUUUUGGCCAAGAAAGUCAAGAAGAACAUGGUGGAUCUCAUGGUCAUACUGGUGGUUUUGGAGUCCAUACUGGAGCCUUUGAAGAUCAUAUUGGAAGACCUGAAGAAAGAAGAGAAAAACGUCAAGAAUCCUUUGGAAAUAUUGAAGGAUUUGGUGGUGAACAAGGUGGUCAAUAUGAAAGCCAAGAAGACGGAUUUGGUGGUCAACAUGGCCUUGGCAGUCGACAGGGCCAAGGAAGAGGCUCUAGCAGUCAAGAAGGUGCAGAACACGAUGGAAGAAGCGGUCAAUUUGGAGCUCAGAAAGGCCUAGGAGGUAACGGGUUUGGUGCUCUUGGUGGUCAAGGCGGCUUCGGAGGUCAGGGAGGUCAAGAAGGUCAGGGAAUUCAAGAAGGUAGACAACAUGGUGGCAGAAGCAGUGAAUUUGGAGGUCAGGGAAGUAAAAGAGGUCAAGGAGGUCAAGCAGGUAGACAACAUGGCGGAAGAAGCGGUGAAUUCGGAGGCCAAGAAAGUCAAGGAGGUCACGGUGGCUUUGAAGGUGAAAAUGGACAUACUGGAAAGUACGAAGGUCAAUUUGAAGAUCAUACCCGUAGCCCAAGAAUACAACGUCAAGCAUCUUUUGGAAACCUCGAUGGAUUCAGCCGAGGUCCAGGUCAGGAAGGUGAACAAGGCCAGUUUAGCCAAGGUCAACAAGGUGGCUUUGGAGGUGAGAAUGGUCAAGGUUUCGGUCGAGAACAAGGUCAAGGCUUUGGUCAAAGCAAGUCUGAAGAACACGGAAGAUUUCAAGAUAAAUCUGGCCAACAUAACGGCCAAGAAACCUUUGGACAGUGGGAAAACGACCAGUAA